GGAGCCCCCGCGGCCAUGAGCGCGGCCGGGCUCGUGUCCGCCCCCCCCGCCGCCCCGCCGGGGCCGCCCGCCCCCGCCAUGGCCCCCGCGCCCGACUACUACGAGGAGGAGGAGCUGGAGAGCGCCGAGGAGGAGGACGGCGAGCGCAGCGCCCGGGCCCGCGACUCCGAUGAGGACACCGAGGAUGCCAGUGAGACUGACCUGGCCAAGCACGACGAGGAGGACUUUGUAGAAAUGAAAGAACAGAUGUAUCAGGACAAACUGGCAUCUCUGAAGAGGCAGUUGCAGCAGUUGCAGGAAGGUACUCUUCAGGAAUACCAGAAAAGAAUGAAGAAGUUGGACCAGCAGUACAAAGAAAGGAUACGGAAUGCAGAACUGUUCCUGCAGCUGGAAACAGAUCAGGUGGAGAAAAAUUAUGUGAAGGAAAAGAAGGCAGCAGCAAAGGAGUUUGAAGAUAAGAAAAUUGAGCUUAAGGAAAAUCUGAUUGCGGAGCUGGAAGAGAAGAAGAAGAUGAUUGAGAAUGAAAAGCUAACCAUGGAAUUAACAGGGGAUUCAAUGGAAGUGAAGCCUAUUAUGACAAGGAAACUGAGGCGACGACCAAACGAUCCAGUUCCCAUCCCAGACAAGAGGAGGAAACCUGCCCCUGCUCAGCUAAAUUAUUUGUUGACUGAUGAGCAAAUAAUGGAGGACCUGAGAACACUGAAUAAGCUUAAAUCACCCAAGAGACCAGCCUCCCCCUCCUCUCCUGAACACCUCCCAGCUACACCAGCAGAGUCUCCUGCACAGCGGUUUGAAGCCCGGAUAGAAGAUGGAAAACUCUACUAUGAUAAGAGAUGGUACCACAAGAGCCAGGCUAUUUACCUGGAGUCUAAAGACAACACGAAGAUCAGCUGCGUGAUCAGCUCUGUGGGAGCCAACGAGGUGAUCUGGGUGAGGAAAACCAGCGACAGCACCAAGAUGAGGAUCUACCUGGGGCAGCUGCAGCGAGGUGUGUUCGUGAUCCGCCGGCGAUCGGCUGCGUGAGCGGGAGCUCCUCCCUGGGCCUUUCUUUUUGGUUUUUUAACUGAUCACCAAACCUCUGCUGAGGGGUGUCAGGCUGCUCACUCUUCCCAGCAGCACAGAACAAUGUCAUGACCUCUGAUGAGACCGUUUGUGGCUGGCCACAUGAUCCCCAGUAGUCCUUAAAUCUUUAGUGAUGCCCAAGCACUGCCCUGGACUCUUUCUGGAUUUUUUGCAUCAAGCUUCUGUAUGCUCUCUUUGUAUUUGGGGUGACUGUUCAACAAGACUUUGCAUCAUACUUUUGUCAUCAUCAUCGUUCUGUGGUGCACAGGUGGGACUCGUGUGUCAAAACAGUGUCACGUCUCUGUUUGAAGUCAGACCAGUGGAAGAAGCUUUGCUUGUCAAGACCUGAGGUUGUCUGUUCUUUUUGGCCUUGUUUUCCUGCAAGGCUCGGGAUGCUGGGCAAAAGGAGAUGAAUCCUGCCAGGUUUCAGCUGAAGAAAAGCCUCCAGAACACCUGGUGCACAACAUCAACUUUAUUGGGUGAACUGUUCAAAGACUUGAGUGCUGAGGCUUUUUUUGGACGGUGUGAACAGCUUAGAAACUGCUGAAAAUCCAGUGAUUUUAAUGUAGUUAAGCAGUCACGCGUGGUUAGUCAGAAGCUUCCGUUUCUCUUCACAUUAAAGAACCCUUCAAUGAACAAGCAGAGUAUGUCUAUUUGCUGAAAUAGAUUACCUGGAAUAGGUGGAUGACUAUAAAUUAAAGGAAUAAUUACCUGGAGUUUGCAGAUAGCUUGGCUGUAUGAACUCUGUGUGUGAGUAUAAUAAUUCACAGAUGUAGUGACAAAAGAUAAACUUCUCUUUUUUCAUUGAUGCUUAGAAUGACAGGUUGGGGUGGAAUCCUGCUGACAGGAGGUGCUGGAUCUGUUUUAUCUUCCAAAGGAGCCUGGUACAGAGUAGAAAGUGGCAUUGCCAUGCUCUUAGUCCAUAGCUGGAACUUUCAUUCCCUAAAAUGCUUCACAAAGGGUUCCCCUUGAAGGGUGUUUUAAUUAAUGGAGAUAAACACUGGGGUUUCUACACUUACCCUCCUGUGUCACAAGUGAAAAUGCUCAAAUAAUGAUAUUAAUGCCAAGAUGUUUAAAGAUCUGACUCUGGCAUUCCUUUAUUAUUCCCAGUCUUUUGCUGAUGGCUGGAACCACCAGUGCCAUGUGGGACUGCAUUGGCAGGGGCCACCCAGUGCCCUGGCACUGCUGUCAGAUCUCUGCCUUAUGUGCAGAACAACUUUGUGCUGCUUUUGAUUACUAGUCAAAAAGUUGUAAAUUCUGUCUUCAUCAGUAUCUGUCACUUUGAGGCAUUUUUUUUUGUUUUUGCUCUUGAGCUGCCUUCUUGUUCAGCAUCAGUUGAGGUGGAUAAAUGGAAUAUAGGCAAGGCAAGGGAGUUGGAACUACUGUGUCCAUUUCUUUCCUGCAGUUGGGUGGCAGUCACACCCCAAAAACUGAUGCGUGUACGUGGGUCUGGACUGGAGUGUGAUGGCUGAGUUCUUGAUGUGACAGACACCUUACUGAUUUUUUGCUGUUUAGAGUUUCGACUGGAUCUGGAGCUUUGGCAAGGAGGGAGAGGAUGUUUCCCACCCCUUGACAAUGUGCCAUCUUUGCUGCAGCUUAGUCAGGCAGAAAGCAGCAGCCUGGAUUUUGUCAAGUUAACAGCUUACUUAAUAUAAUUUAACAUUCUCUGCACGUGUCACAGGUUUUUAAUAAGGUGGUGAUGUACCAAACAGGAUUUGUCACCGAGUCUUAAAAUGAACAUCAUCGUUCUAAUAAUAAAAAGUGCUUAAGUGAGUAGCAGGAUUUA